CAGGGGGCGGUAACGGCAGGAAUAAGCCGGAAGUCGUCUUGUUUUGAAGGAGCCGCGUUUCCGGCUGCCUUCCUCCAGCGCCCGCCGCUCAGCUCAGGACCAUGAACGCGCCUCCCGCCUUCGAGUCGUUCCUCCUGUUCGAAGGAGAGAAGAAGAUCAGCAUCAGCAAGGACACCAAGGUGCCCAACGCGUGCCUGUUCACGCUGAACAAGGAGGACCACACGCUGGGCAACAUCAUCAGAGCUCAGCUGCUGAAGGAUCCACAGGUUCUGUUCGCUGGUUACAAAGUUCCUCAUCCUCUGGAGCACAAGAUCGUCAUCAGAGUGCAGACCACACCUGACUACAGUCCACAGGAAGCGUUCACGAACGCCAUCACGGACCUCAUCAGCGAGCUGUCCCUGCUGGAGGAACGCUUCAGAGUCUCCAUCAAGGACAAGCAGGAGGGGAUCGAGUGAAGCCCCGCCCCCUUGGUGAUGUCACCUCCCCGUUUCAUGAUUGGUUUAUUUUUGUAAAUAAAUAAAAAAAUGUGAUGUCACAACCGGCAA